UUCCCUGCCUACCCCGGGCAGUGUCUGGGCUCACCGUCUCCCAUCUCCCCUUUCCCUCCAUCCCUAUACACAUCCUACUAUCAUCACCACCAUCAUUGUGCCCCGCCACCAUCAGCUCUGAGGAACUAUCCAGCUAAAGGCGGAGACUUCUACCUAGGAGAGAUGGGAGGACGAGGAGUAUUCCAUCUACUGCUGAUGUGCUUAAGCCCAGCACUGCUGUCCGCUGUGCGGAUAAACGGGGAUGGACAGGAAGUCCUGUAUCUGGCUGAAGGUGAUAAUGUUCGGCUUGGUUGCCCCUAUAUCCUGGACCCUGAGGACUAUGGUCCCAAUGGAUUGGACAUUGAGUGGAUGCAGGUCAACUCAGAUCCUGCCCACCGGGAGAAUGUGUUCCUCAGUUAUCAAGACAAGAGAAUCAACCAGGGCAGCCUCCCCCACCUUCAGCAGAGGGUCCGAUUUGCGGCUCAGGACCCCAGUCAGUAUGAUGCCUCCAUCAAUUUAAUGAAUCUGCAGGUCUCUGAUACAGCCACCUAUGAGUGCAGAGUUAAGAAGACCACCAUGGCCACACGUAGAGUCAUUGUCACUGUCCAAGCUCGCCCUGCAGUGCCCAUGUGCUGGACUGAGGGACACAUGACCUAUGGGAAUGAUGUGGUACUCAAAUGUUUUGCCAAUGGGGGCACUCCACCCCUCUCUUACAAGUGGGCCAAGAUCAGUGGACAUACUCACCCUUACCGGGCCAGCUCUUACCUCUCACAGCAUAAUUACCAUUCAGAGCUGUCCUACCAGGAAUCCUUCCAUAGCUCUGUGACCCACGGGCUCAGCAAUGGGGAUUUGGUGCUGAAGGACAUCUCCCGGGAGGACGAUGGGCUAUACCAGUGUACAGUGGCUAACCAUGUGGGUUACAGUGUGUGCGUGGUGGAAGUGAAGGUGUCAGACUCCCGCCGCGUGGGCAUGAUCGUUGGGGCCGUGCUAGGCUCCCUGCUGAUGCUAGCUUGCCUCGGCCUGGGCAUCUGGGGUCUCGUCUGCUGCUGCUGCAGCGGGAACGGGGUCGGCCGUGGCGCCUUCGGUUACGGCAACGGCGGCGGGGUCGGCGGCGGCGGGGCCUGUGACUUGGCUAGUGAAAUCAGAGAGGAUGCAUUGGCACCCGGGUGCAAGGCCACCGGGCGGGGCGGCAGCGUCACCCACCUUCUAGGCUACCCGACACAGAACAUCAGCCGCUCGCUGCGCAGAAAGUACGCAGCUCCCUGUGAAGGGCCCGAGAAUGUGCCCUUGGCAUCCUGUGGGGUGGCUGUUGUGCCUGCCAAUGCCACCUCCGUCAGCGCCCCCUGCGAAGCGGGCCCCUCUCCCAUCUACGUCAAAGUCAAGAGCGCUGAACCUGGGGACUGUGGAGAGGGGCAGGUGAAGGUUAAGGAUGGUUAUUUGGUAUAAGCAUCAGCCAUGCCACCCAGGUGGCACCUUUCCCCAGGUGGGCACUGCAUCCCCCCCGGAUUGCUGUUUGGGGGUAUCAGAGAUGGGAGGGAUUGGGGCUCUUUGCCUAAAACUGGGGACACGUGAACCCAUAAUGCCCACUUCACUGUGCCUGCCCUCCAUCUGACUGGCUGAAGACAUUUCCUCAGCCUGAAUGUAGCAAUAAAUAGCAAACUGUGCCCUCCCUGAAAAGCUAGGAGUGGUGUUUAGAGCAAAGAGAAAAAGAGAUGGCCCAUUUUGAAUCUUCCCUCCAUCCUGUGAUGGCAACAGAGGGAAAAGGAGGAGAGGAAGGGAGAAAAGAAGGAGGAAAAGAGGUUUAGUGUUAGAGAAGGGGCUGUGACAGGAAGAUUUCGUGUCCUCAGCUAAGGCAGAGAGCCCCAAUUUGGGGGGUGGGGGCUUGGGAUCUGGAUAGGUAAAGAACUGGAUGUUUUGUGUCUGAGAGUACUGAGCCAAAAGGCAGCAGUAUAAACACAAUAAAGAAGCUACAACAAGU